AUGACGUCUGACGUGCACAUGGGUUUGGCGGCGUUGGCGCUAUUGUUGGUGGCCGCCGGCACGGAUACCGCCGCCACCAAACCGACGGCGGUCGCUAACAUCAGUGAUAGCGAGACAAAUACGGUGGCGGCGGCCGCCACCAACGACUACGAAGAAGUGACACUCGCAAGCGACGUCUUCAUGGACAUGGACGAUGCCUGGAAUUCAACGUCAGUAGCGCCGCCAUCCGAACUCUUGGCGUCCGCUACCACCCACAAACCGCCCACGGUCACUGCCGCCGUGAGUUAUGUUCCGAAGACGCCGAACAUCCAGUCCGCCACUGAGAAGCACCUUCAGGCGGCCCCCGACACCCAAAUACCGGCCACGGCUACUGCCGCGACACCGACGGUUGUUACAGCACCUAUUGAGACAACCACAACUGCCAGAGCGAUACCGACCGAGACCACAACGGCAACGGCCAUGCUCAUGCAAAUCGCAAGUCCUCCAAAGUCCGGAGAAACUACCACCAGUACCACUACGCCCAUUCCGCCUUCCGCGUCUGUACCAACCAGCUCACCGUCUUCAAGUUUCCGGUGUUGCCACUGUUGGGUGACAUUAUUGACGACAGCCGUUAUCGCUUCGAUAAUCUUAUAA